UUAAGAUUGAUCACGCCGCAUCACAUUGGACACGCAGCAUCACUAAACCUCGACAAUCGCCUUUGGAUCUUCUAUUUUCCGUGAAGAACUAAGCCAGUCCAGUUUGUUAAUAAGAUCAACCAUGAUUCUGAAUGCUUCAGAUGCUAACUGGGUGGAGUCUUCAGGUGAAGAGCCUUUCUACACGGUGGACGACCUGCCAAGCACCUCUCCUUCUCAGCUCCCACCCCUCACGGUGUGGGGAGUGGCUCUCUGUGUAUCUGGAACUGUCAUUGCGAUGGAGAAUGCAAUAGUAGUGACCACUAUCUUGGCUACACCCUCUCUUCGUGCCCCUGUGUUUCUGCUGCUGGCAAGUCUGGGACUUGCUGAUCUACUCGCAGGUGUAGCUCUGAUUCUGCACUUCCUUUUCUUAUUUUGUGUGGAGCCCAGUGACUGGUCAGAAUUGCUCACUUCAGGAUUGCUGGUCACAUCAUUGACUGCCUCACUCUGUAGCCUGAUGGGUGUGGCCCUAGACCGAUACCUGUCUUUGAGCCACGCCCUCACCUAUGGAUCGAGCCAAUCACGACGCCGCGCUGCCGUCCUCCUGCUGCUGGUCUGGCUGGGGGCUUGUGUAAUAGGAGCUGUUCCUGCAAUGGGGUGGCACUGUCUGGAAGAUCCACAGUCCUGCUCUGUAGCACGACCUUUGACCCGGACUUACCUGUCCCUCUUGUGUGGAGGCUUCCUUUUGGUUGUCAUGGUAACUCUGCAGCUGUAUGCUGGAAUUUGCCAAGUAGCAAGGAGACAUGCCCAUGCCAUAGCAACACAGAGGCAUUUCUUGCCUGCCAAUCAGCCAUAUGCAAGCAAACAUGGCAAUGGGAGAGGCUUCUCUCGCCUCAUCCUUGUGCUCAGUGUAUUUGUGGGGUGUUGGAUGCCUUUUUCUCUGUGGGGGCUUCUGGGUGAUGCAUCAAGCCCACCACUGUACACAUACGCUACCUUGGUGCCAGCUGCAGGCAGCUCCCUGUUGAACCCUCUUCUCUACAGUCUGAGAAACAAGGACAUUCGCAGAGUGCUGCUGCAGGCCUGCUGCCCCCACAGAUAUACACACAGCACACACGUGCAUUACCCAGUGGAUGUGUAA